GGCUCUGGCCAAUGAUUGCUAUCCGAUUUCUCGUUACCUCGAAUCGAAAUCUCCGCUUUUGACUGUUUCUGUUUAUUUGAUGGUAGCGUGAGAGGGAAUUAGCAGCGGGAAAGUAGAAAUUAAUUCUGCGAGUUGAGGAAUUCUAUCUAGGACUCGCUAGUAAAUGGUCUCCCCGUAUGGGUUAUCAGUCACACAGCAGGCCCUCCACAAAGACGUCUAACGUUAGCAUGUUACAUUUGGCAGAUGUUAUGUUUGUCAUGUGGGUGCUCAAAUCAGACUGUUGAAGUCGACGGAUGUCUUGAAUAUUGUGUAAACAUGACGAAUUUACGAAAUCAUGGAGGGAGACAGUUCAACCACAGAUGCCUCUCAGUUGGGCAUGCCAGGGGAGUACAUGGCAGGAAGCCACUACGUUCUCCAGUCACAGGAUGAUGACUGUGAUGAGAGCCUGCAUGACCAUGAGGAAGGCAACGGCAGCAAGGAAAACUUCCGUGAGCAGGACAUCUACCUCCCAAUCGCUAACGUGGCUCGCAUCAUGAAGAACGCUGUUCCACAGACAGGAAAGAUAGCGAAAGAUGCCAAGGAGUGUGUUCAGGAGUGUGUGAGCGAGUUCAUCAGCUUCAUCACGUCGGAGGCCAGCGAGCGCUGUCACCAAGAGAAAAGGAAGACCAUCAACGGAGAGGACAUCCUGUUUGCCAUGUCCACCCUGGGCUUUGACAUGUACGUGGAGCCACUCAAACUCUACCUACAGAAGUUCCGAGAGGCGAUGAAAGGGGAGAAGGGAAUCGGCGGCAUAUCUGUAACAGAGGGACUCGGAGAAGAACUCACAGACGACAGCUUCGCGAACCAGUUGCCUGCUGGAAUAAUAACUGCUGAUGGACAACAACAGAAUGUCAUGGUUUACACCACCUCGUACCAACAGAUUCCCGGAGUGCAGCAGAUCCAGUUCUCUUGAGUAGGUUCCGGAAUUCCCCAUUUGAAAUCGGAACACAUUUGAAAUGGGGAAGAGAUUACAGCAUUACUGUACACUCAGGUCAAAAGAUAGUGGUGGGAAGAUGGAAAGGGAGGGGAGCGUAUGCAGAACUUGCAGAGGUGGGUUUGAAUCAGAAUCAGUUUUAUGUUCUGGUCAUGAUAAAGAACCGGAUAGGAGACGAUCUGGAGACAGUUAUUUGGCUUUUUUUGUUAAUUGAAGAUUUUCAGAGUCACUUUAUUUGGAUAGUCUGUAUUGUCCAUCUGCAUAUGCUCUACAGCAGGGAAGGCAUUUGAAAUUAUUUCAGUUUUCGAAUAAUAUCCGGACUAUUUCGGAUAUCUGGAUAGUCUAAAUGUGCUUAAAGAAAAAAAUAUUUUUACACUUCAAUGGAGACUUACCCGCGUGACUCGAGAGCCUGUUGGGGCAGUAGGGGCUGGUGCCUGUCUUGACUCCAUAAAAUCGAUGUAAAGAAGCUAGCUAAAGUAGCAAAGCUAAUUCUCGACAACUCCUUUCAGAUUAAACAGCCUACCUGAUGGUUUCUCGUUGUAGCGGACUCCUCAUUUAGCCAACUUAAUUCCCUAAUGUUAAUUCCAUUUUGCAUUGAUUAUAAAUCUCCCACUUCUCUUGCUACACAGAGCCUCUGACUGUAGCGCCGCUUUGAUUGACCAACAACAAGCUUCACGUUGGCUACCAGUGUGUCUUUUUUAUGGGGAGCACUAUUAACUGUCAACUUUUUUAUUAAAAUCCUUGUAGGCUAUGUAAAACUUUUUUAUUAAAAUCCUUGUAGGCUAUGUAACAAUGUUAAUUUUAGACCAAGCCUUUAAAAACAUUUGUUGUGCUAUUUUCUUUAUAAAAAAUGAAUACUCUCAAAGUAAUCGAAUACUAAUGUCCGUUCAGUUAUUGGAAUAACCGUGCCCAUCCCUACACUAGAGGGUCAUACUAUCAACAAACAUCGUUGAUAAGUAACAGCUUGCAAGGGUAAGGGUUAAGAUUAGGGUUAGUAGAUAUUUGAAAUGUUACUGAUAGUCUCUAGAGCAUCUACAGAUGGACUAUCCAAAUCCUCUUUUCCCCCUCCAUGUUGUCUAUCACUACAGGUUUUAUGAGGGAAGGAAUGGGGGGGAUGAACAUUAGUUGAAAUGUCUGUCUAGGGAAUUGGUGACCUCUUUGACGACCUUGUAAAGUAAUAAAAACAAAAGUAGUUGACAUCUUCACUCCAAACUCUGUUGUAAACAAUUGUAAGUGGCAUGCAGGUAUUUAACUAUUUUAUACUUUCUGUAAAGUUCUUCUGUUGGUCCUUUUAAUAAAAAUGUAAGCGUCA